AUGGUUGCCCAAAUUUAACAAAAUUAUUAAGAGAACGUUUUUACUAAGAGUUAAAGCAUCAAACAAACAAACACACACAAAAAAGGUGGAUUUGAGUAAAAAGAUUAGAAAAGUUAUUAGCAAAGUAUAGUAAUUAAAAACCGUGUAAUUAAGGAGGAAAAUGACAGGAGUUAGUACAUCAUGUGGAGCAUGCAAAUUUCUAAGGAGGAAAUGUACAAUUGAAUGUGUUUUUGCACCUUAUUUUAGCUAUGAUGAGGCAGUUGCUCAUUUUGCAGCAGUUCACAAAGUAUUUGGGGCAAGUAAUGUUUCAAGGUUGCUUCUUCAUCUCCCUGAACACUUUAGGGGUGAAGCUGCCUUGACAAUUUCUUUCGAAGCUAUCGCUCGAAUGAGAGAUCCUGUUUAUGGUUGUGUUGCCUAUAUUCAUGCCCUUCAACAAGAGGUAGCAAGUUUACAAGAGGAGAUAGAAGUUAUAGGCAACCAAAUGGUGAAUACCAUGAGCAUUGGAAUUACUAGUGAUUGUGAAGGUUCUCAAGCAACCAACAACAAUCUACUUACCUAUGAUACAUCAUCACCCUUAUUAUUAUGUUCACAAGAAUAUGAAAUCAUCAAUAAUUUACCAGAAGAAUGGAAUACUACUAGUACAAAUUAUCAAGUGGAACCAGUCAUACAUGCAGACAACAAUGGAUCAUCAUGCAGCACCCAAAUGAUGUUCAACAAUCAUAUGAUCAACUUAUUACCAGGACAAAAUAAUCUUUUUGGUAAUGGAUAUGGGCCCCAAGAAUGUCUUCUAGAAGGGUUAAUUAACCUUGAAACUUUUGAUAAUUCUUCUCUUUUUGGCUGCUUAUCUCACACUCCCUCAAUCCAAUAGUUUAUAAUUAUUUUAUUUGAAUUUGAGUCAUGCUAAAUAGUUACGGAGUAAAUUUUAGCUAGCUAACUGGUAGCGAAAUGACCCACUUAUACACUUACUUUAUCUACUACGGAGUAAUCCUAUAUUACAUUAUAAGGUAAGAAUAUAUACUUGGGUUUUCGCCUUCUUUUAGCUAACUAAAAUUUACGUACCCUGGGACAGGGAGUCCAGUUAUAUAGAGGAGUUGGUGUUUAUAAUGUAAUUAGUUGCUAGUGUGUAUAAUAGUACAGUGCGUUUGCUUCAUAUUGA